AUGACUACCUUGAACCACACUGGUGUGAGCCACACAGUUUUUCGCUUGCUGGGUGUCCCUGGCCUAGAGGACCAACAUGUGUGGAUUUCUAUCCCCUUCAUUAUUUCCUAUAUCAUAGCCCUGCUGGGGAACAGCCUGCUCAUCUUCAUUAUCUGUACAAGGCACAGCCUCCAUGAACCCAUGCACCUCUUCCUCUGCAUGCUGGCUGGAGCAGACAUCAUCCUCUCCACAUCCACAGUGCCUCAGGCCUUGGCUAUCUUCUGGUUCCAUGCUGAGGAGAUUUCUCUGAAUCGCUGCAUCACUCAGCUCUUCUUCAUCCAUUCCACCUUCAUCUCUGAGUCAGGGAUCUUGCUGGUGAUAGCAUUUGACCGCUACAUUGCCAUAUGCUACCCACUGAGAUACACUACUAUUCUUACACAUUCCCUGAUUGCAAAAAUUGGUGGCACCAUCUUUCUGAGAAGUUAUGGUACAAUUUUCCCAAUAAUAUUUCUUCUGAGAAGAUUGACUUUCUGCAAAAGCAACAUCCUCCUGAACACUGGUUGUAAGCACAUUGUUUUGGCCCACGUUUCUUGUAAUGAUAUUCAAGUAAACAUAUGGUAUGGGUUUUUUGUCUUAAUGUCAACAGUAGUAUUAGAUAUUGUGCUAAUUUUUAUCUCCUAUGUACUGAUCCUCCAUGCUGUCUUUCGCAUUCCUUCCCAAGAUGCUCACCACAAAGCUCUAAACACCUGUGGUUCCCAUGUCUGUGUCAUUAUCCUCUUUUAUGGGCCUGGGAUCUUCACAACACUUACUCAACGGUUUGGACACCACAUUGCACCCCAUAUUCAUGUCCUCUUGGCCAAUGUUUCUAUUCUGGUUCCACCUAUGAUGAAUCCCAUUAUUUAUGGGAUCAAGACCAAGCAGAUCCGGGAUCAAGUGGUCCAUGUAUUAUUUGCAAAGUAG